AUGGUGCCUAAGCACUCCCUGGAUGAUACGAUGAGCUCAUCUGCAAAACGUCCACGAUCAACAACCACUCCCAUCGUCAAAAGAAAUUACCGUGCAAACUUCGACAGACUCUGCGCCUUACACAACUGGACACCAUCAGAAAUUGUUCGCGACAAGCUGGCUGCUCUUCUACAGUUAUCUGGUAACAGACUGGAAGCUAGUGAACUUCUGCCGCUUGCUUUUGUGCAGCACUACCCUUUCAUCUGGGUCAAAGACUUUCUACUUCUUGGUUACAACGAUGAAGAUGAAAGCGUCUGGUACAAAGCUUUCCCUUCAGGCAGAGGAAUGGCUCGUGGCCGUUACUACAACUCAUCACAAGUCAAUAUUCUAGGCAAACACACUGUCACGAAGUUCUGGCAAUCCUGGAUCGACGUGUUUGAUAUCGAACAAAGAGGCUUGGACAGAACUCACGAAUAUUUCACUGGUGUCUACCUCAUCUUGAAGAAGUUUCCGAACUUGCGUUACAAAUCGAGCAAAGAAGAUGCAAGAAACCCACAGAACGCAAUUCGCGCAACUGGUGUUGCCGAAUACCCUUUCAACGAUGAUCAUCCUUUCAUGCAAGAGACGCCCAGCGAGUUGAAAGACGUCGAGAACAAUGAAAUAGAGGCGGUCCCAGGAGCAGAAGCAGAUGUUAUUGGUCAAGACCAAAACAAUGUCAGCAUUAAACAAGAGGUAACAGGCUUGCAUGAGGAUGAGGAUCGCUCCUAUCUCCUCCUUCGCCAGUUAUCAAAGCAGUUCACGUUCCGCGCCAAUUCACAUGAGAUCGAUGUGGUAACCCAAGCGCAAGGGCACACCGCCAACGACCGACAAGGCUCGCCUCCUAAGAAAAACGGAUUAGGUUCUCCAAUCCUCUACUCAUCCAUGCCAUUCGAUUCCCGCGCUGAUUCGCGUGGAUUUGAUGUGGUGACUCAGCAAGGGCACGCUGCCAACGAGCGACAAGGCCUGCCUGACAAGACAGAUGGCUCAGCCUCUCUGCUUGGCUACUCGUCCAUGCAGUCCGAUUCUCGCGCCUAUUCACGCGAGUUCGAAUUUUCAUCGCAGCACGAUGCCAACGUGACCUCUCUUCCACGCGAUCUAUCAAGACAACCUGUCUUCUAUGCCCACUCGCACCAAUCUGGCUCACCAUCCUUGUCGCAGUUUGACAACAACAGCGCUGCGCACAAAACUGCACGCUCAUACGCCAAGAAGGGUCCACACAUCGAGGACGACAACACACCUACCCAACCGAAGAUUCUCCCAAACUCUACCCAGGAGUUCGGAGAAAUCACUAUUCGCGUCCCCAUCGAGGAACCCAGAUGGUCAAACACCAACUUUACGUUUGCGGUUGUGACUUCCGUGUCUACAGUUCCCGCACCAGUCAUAACAUCGAUCGAAGAUUGA